AUGUCCAACAAAAGCCCACUUGUCAUUUUAUGUACUGGAGCAAACAGGGGUAUUGGUUUAGCCAUCAUCCAGGCAUUGGCGAACCACCCACAAACGACCAGUUCCAUUUUGCUUCUUGGUUGUCGCAAUGCCGACAAGGGAACUGAAGCCGUCCAGGAACUGCGCAAGAAAGGAAUCACUUCCUCCGUCCAGCCUCUCGUCAUCGACGUUACUUCCGAUGUCUCCAUACAAGACGCCGUAGCAGUGGUCAGGCGUCAAUAUGGCCGACUUGAUGUCCUGGUCAACAAUGCUGGAUACGCCGCCAUACCCUCAGCUUCGGAUCAUUCCGACUGGCGAGAAAUCUACACCAGGGUGUACGACACCAACGUUACAUCGGUGGCUUUGGUGAUGCAGCAUUUCUUGCCCCUCCUCCGCGAAUCUGCAGGCAAGAUCAUCAACAUCUCUUCUGCCCGUGGCUCGACGUCUUUGGCUUCGGGCAGAGUCCUGCCGCCUACGGUGUCCAUUCAAUACAGCGUGUCCAAGGCGGCCCUGAAUCUGCUGACCGUCGAGAUGAGCCGACAAUCCGCCAAUGAAAAUGUCGAAUUCCAGCUAGUCAGUCCUGGACAUUGCAAGACUGCAUUCAAUGGGUACAGGGGGACCCGAGAUCCGCUCGAAGGUGCAAAUGUCGUGGUUGGUCUGGUCACGGCCGAGAAAGGCACAUUCAAGAAUUCCGGGUUUUGGGAGACCAAAGGUGGCAGCAUGGACCUCGUUGAGAUCCCUUGGUAA